ACAGCAAGCACAGCACAGCAGAGCAGAGACAGGCCAAUCACCACCAAGAUGUCCAACGCCACCGAGAGCCAUCUCUGGGCCACCUAUACUACCACUGCCAACCCCAACAACAUCCUCAACACCACCACCACCACCACCACCACCACCACCACCACCACCAAUGCCUGGUUCUCCACCUCAGAUAUCUCCACCACCGGGAACAGCACGUGGUGGAACACCUCCACCUCCACCUCCUCUGAGGUCUCCCUGAAGCUGCCCGCUUGCCACCACCACUCCUCCUCCUCCUCCUCCUCCUCCUCCUCCUCCAGUCUGCUCCUGCAGCCCCUGUGGGACCACCUCCUCCUGCACCACUUCUCCCUGGUCUCCUCUCCCUUCUUCCCCGUGCUGCUGGCCUUCUCCGGCUACCUCCUCUUCAGCCUCCCGUUCGCCGCCUUCGACCUGCUGGGCGAGGAGAGGCUCCCCGCCGUCCACCGCUACAAGAUCCAGCGCGACCGGCGGCCCACGCUGCGCAUGAUGCUGCGGAGCCUGGGCACGGCCGUCUACAACCACCUGGUGUUCGUGCUGCCGCUGGUCGUCAUCCACGGGCUGCUGGUGCCGCCGCCUGCCCUGCCUCUCCACGCCCCCACCGUGUGGCAGGUGUUCAGCGGGGCGCUGGGCGCCCUCCUGGUCUUCGACGCCCAGUACUUCAUCUGGCACGUGGUGCACCACCGCAACCCGCACCUGUACAGGUGGGUGCACGCCGUCCACCACGAGUACUACUCGCCCUUCUCCUGGUCAACGCAGCAGCUGAGCGCCGCCGAGCUCAUGUCCAUCGGGUUCUGGAGCAGCGUGGACCCCGUCCUGCUCGGGCUGCACCCGCUCACCGCCUGGCUGCUCACGCUCUUCAGCGUCUGGCUGUCGGUGGAGGACCACGUCGGCUACGACCUGCCUUGCGCUCUGCACCGCCUGGUGCCGCUCGGGCUGCUGGGAGGAGCGCCGGCGCACGACAUGCACCACCAGAGGCCAGCCACCAACUUUGCGCCGUUCUUCAGCCACUGGGACAAGCUGCUCGGCACAGAGGCGCACCUGGAGGAGAAGGUGAUCACCACCAACACCACAGACAAACUGGGGGAGAGCGAUCAUGCUGCAAGGGUGGGCAAACACUAACUCGAGCUGCACGCCAUGUAAAUAUGUUGAGUUUAUUUUGUUUUUUAUUUGUGUGAAAUGGAAUGAGUGGAUUUUUUGUUGAAUGGCAUGGAAUGGAAUGAAUGUAGUAAAGUGUGAGUGAAAUGUUUCAAAAUAAGCUAUUUUUGUAUGGAAUGAAAAUAUAUUGCCCCACUUUUCUGUAUUUCUUAUGUGAACUGUGUUCAUAUGUGUGGAAUUAUCAACAACUUUUAAAUGAUGAA